CACGACGUGUUUCAUCGUGGCGGUGAAAACCGUCGUGUUUCACCGUAGUGUAUGGGGCCCUUUACACUAGUGCCAAGAAUCAGCUGUUUUUUUCUGGGCUUUGUGACAACUGACAGUUACCUGUUGUUACCUUUUUUCUUUUGCUUUUUGUAUUGUGGUGGUUAAUUAAAAAAUUAAUUUAGCUUAACAAAACUUCAUAUUUCCAUUAUUGUAGUUCUUCCAUAAUGAAGACCCGUUAUAAUACCUUUGAUAUUGUCUGCAUAGUUACAGAACUACAAAAGCUUGUUGGAAUGAGAGUGAACAACAUUUACGAUAUCGACAACAAGACAUAUUUAAUUCGGUUCCAAAAACCCGAGGAAAAGCAAGUUUUGCUGCUGGAGUCCGGCAACCGAAUUCACUUGACCAACUUUGAGUGGCCGAAAAAUGUAGCUCCGUGUGGUUUUAGCAUGAAGCUAAGAAAACACUUAAAAAAUAAACGACUGGAAAGCUUAUCUCAAGUCGGAGUAGACCGUAUUCUAGACCUACAAUUUGGCACUGGAGAGGCUGCUUACCACGUCAUUUUAGAACUCUAUGAUCGUGGUAAUAUGGUCCUUACUGAUCACGAAAUGACAAUUUUGUAUGUAUUGAGGCCUCACACAGAGGGUGAUAAAAUCAAAUUUGCUGUAAGAGAAAAAUAUCCUCAGAAUAGGGCUAGGGAGGUGCUGGAAGAAGUUACCAAAGAAAAAAUCUUGGAGAUUUUGCAGAAAGGGAAAAAUGGGGAUCAGCUAAAAAAAGUUUUAGUGUCCAACUUGGAAUAUGGUCCGUCACUAUUAGACCAUGCUUUGCAAAAACAAGGCAUUACCAAUGCAGCAAAAAUUGGCAAAACUUUCGAUAUCGAUCGGGAUAUUGAUAAAGUAGUUAGUGCUAUUAAAGAGGCUGAUAUUUUAUUUAAAAAAGCUCAAAAAGAACCAUUGAAAGGUUACAUAAUUCAAAAGAAAGAAGAAAGAGCCAAAACCAAUGCAAAUGAUGCUGAAUAUUUCUACUCAAACCAAGAAUUUCAUCCGAUGCUUUUUGAACAACAUUCUUCAAUGCCUUAUAAGGAAUUUGACACUUUUUGUAUGGCUGUUGAUGAGUUUUUUUCAACUUUGGAAAGUCAAAAAUUGGAGCUGAAAGCUGUUCAGCAGGAAAGAGAAGCAAUGAAGAAAUUGGAAAACGUAAGAAAAGACCACAGUCAACGUCUAGUUGGUUUGGAAAAGGUGCAAGAAGAAGAUAAAAAGAAAGCUGAAUUGAUUACUAGAAAUCAAGAAUUAGUCGAUAGGACUAUAAUGUCAGUACAAAUGCUACUAGGUCAACAGAUGUCUUGGGAUAAUAUUGAAGAAGUUAUCAGUGAAGCCAGGACAAGAGGAGAGCCAAUGGCAGUUGCUAUCAAAAAAUUAAAACUAGAAAUCAACCAUAUAAGUUUGUUACUACAUGAUCCAUAUGCAGAACCAGAAAAUAGUGAUGAGUCUGAUAAUGAUGAUGCUGAUGAUGAGGAUAAAAUUCCUUCAAUGGUUUUGGAUGUUGAUUUAGAUUUAACUGCCUUUGCCAAUGCAAGAAGGUAUUAUGAUCAGAAACGUACAGCAGCAAAAAAGCAACAGAAAACUAUCGAGUCACAUACGAAAGCCUUAAAAUCGGCCGAGAGGAAAACCAAACAAACCUUGAAAGAUGUGCAAACAAUAACCAACAUAAAUAAAGUUAGGAAAGUUUAUUGGUUUGAGAAAUUUUUUUGGUUCAUUAGCUCUGAGAAUUAUUUGGUUAUUGCUGGUAGGGAUCAACAGCAAAACGAAAUUAUAGUCAAAAGGUACAUGAAAUCAACUGACAUUUAUGUCCACGCAGAUAUUCACGGUGCCAGUAGCGUAGUUAUUAAAAACCCAACAGGGCUUCCUGUGCCUCCGAAGACUUUAAAUGAAGCCGGUACUAUGGCAAUAUGCUACAGUGUUGCUUGGGAUGCCAAAGUUGUGACCAACGCUUAUUGGGUGUGGGGUGAACAAGUCAGCAAAACUGCUCCGACUGGAGAAUAUUUGUCUACAGGUAGUUUUAUGAUUCGUGGAAAGAAAAACUUUUUACCCCCUUCGCAUCUUAUUUUGGGAUUGAGUUUUCUUUUUAGAUUGGAAGAUGGGAGCAUUGAGAAGCAUAUAGGCGAAAGGAAAAUUCUUGCAGCAGAAGAUGACGCUUUAAGUGUUCAGGGGGGUGAAGCUAGUAAAGACGAUGACGUCGAAGUUCCAAUAUUAGAUGAAAGUGAUGAAGAGGCUGAAAAGCAAGAAAAUGAAGUAAUAGAUGAAGAUCAAAAAUUGGAUGAAAAAAUUGACAGAAUCGAAUUAGAAGAUCUUGAAGAAAAGAAUGAACAUUCCUCAGACAGUGAAGAAGAAUCAAAAUUCCCAGAUACUCAUAUAAAAAUACAGCAUUUUGGUGGAACCAGACACAUUUUAGCAGAGCCAGUUAUAAAAGAAGAAGAAACUAUCGACGAAGAAAACAUAAUUUAUUUAGGUGACGAUAAACCAAUACUAUUAAAACCUAACCAAAAUAAAAGUAGGAGCAGAGGCGCUAGCGAAUCUAGCUAUAAAGACAAAAACCAUAUUCAAAGACCAAACAGUGACCAAUCAACAAAGCAGCAACCCCAAUCGAAAAGGGGGCAAAAAAGCAAACUAAAGAAAAUCAAGGAAAAAUACAAGGACCAAGAUGAAGAAGAAAGACAAAUGAGGAUGGAAAUUUUACAGUCAUCUGGUACACAAAAAGACACCAAAAAGUCCAAAAAAGGUGGCAAAGAAUCACUAUCAAAGAACACCAAAAAAGAACCUAGAGUACCGAGGCCUCAAGAACCUAAAGAGCCAAAUGAAAUUGAUGAUGACGAACCUACUGUACAAGCUGAUGUUGAAAUGAUCAAUGCAUUAACAGGGAUUCCUUUGGAAGGAGAUGAAUUGUUAUUUGCUGUGCCUGUAAUCGCUCCUUACAAUACUUUAACAAAUUAUAAGUUCAAAGUAAAGCUAACUCCAGGUACAGCUAGAAAAGGGAAAGCAGCUAAAACAGCUGUUUCCAUGUUCCUCAAAGAUAGAUCCAUAACUCAAAGAGAAAAGGAUCUUUUGAAAGCUGUCAAGGAUGAUCAACUAGCUAGAAAUUUGCCGGGCAAAGUUAAAUUAUCAGCUCCUAAAAUGCAAAACCUUAGAAAAUAGAAAAUGUUUUACUUGUAAUAGUUUUUAUUUGAAUUAAUUAUGGCCUUAAUUUUUGGUGAUAAAACUUAUGUUGAGUUAUAAAAUCAA